CCCACCAUUGCCUCCCAGCAUCACAAGUGUCCCUCCCCCAUCUUCUUCCUCCCCGCAACUCGCUGCUCCUCCCAGAACCGAAGCUCAGUCCCGCGGCCACGCAGGUAAAGCGGCCUCUCCUCCUCCCCCUUCCUCCGGUCCAACCAAAUCCAUGCGAUGGGUCGAUCCGUAGUACUAGCUGCCUAGUUCAUGACCGAUCUGUGGAGGUAUUAGUUCUGAAAGAAAUGCGUCUACAGUGCGUGCUGUCAUCUUGAAGCGAGCAGAAGGAUUUAGCAGAGGAAAGAGACGCUGAAAGGAGGCGGAAAGCCGUGACCGGAAAAACAAAAUGCAGCGAGCAAUUCAAGCUAUCGGAUCACAUGGCAGUGUGCUCAAAUCUGCUGUCCUGCAACACAUCAGUGUUGUGAAGCCUGCUAUGCUGCCUGCUGUGUUCCCGCGCUUCAUGUCAGUAUCACCUGCUCAAAUAGAGGAGAGUGGAUUUGAGAGCAGCACCGUUGCAGAUAUUUUGAAGUCCAAAGGGAAGAGUGCUGAUGGAUCAUGGCUCUGGUGCACCACUGAUGACAGUGUCUAUGAUGCUGUCAAAUCGAUGACACAGCACAAUGUGGGAGCUUUGGUGGUUGUUAAACCUGGGGAAGAUAAAUCAAUUGCGGGCAUCGUCACAGAGAGAGAUUAUCUCCGGAAAAUCAUAGUGCAGGGUCGAUCCUCCAAGUCAACCAAAGUUGGAGAUAUCAUGACCGAAGAGAACAAGCUGAUCACGGUGAAACCUGAAACCAGAGUCCUGAAAGCAAUGCAGCUGAUGACAGACAAGCGUAUCAGGCACAUCCCGGUGAUAAGCGGCACCGAGAUGAUGGGGAUGGUCUCCAUCGGCGACGUGGUGCGCGCGGUGGUCAGCGAGCACAAGGAGGAGCUGAACCGGCUCAACGCCUACAUCCAGGGUGGGUACUAGGACCCCGCCGUUUUGCAGGGCGUCCCUUUGAAUGAACUCGAAUAACGACCAGGGUGAUGAUGACGAAAUAGGCCGUGUUUCUUCGCGGACAAUGGCCGUUGAACUUGAAUUUGGGUGUGUGAUGUUUUCCUGCUUAUUUAGUGUAUAUUUCCGUGGCCGCGCGCGCCGCCACGCACUUGUUUCUGGAGCGUAUAGACCAUCCAUCUCAGCUGAUGGUGAUAGACGCAGAAUAAAGCUUGGGAGUGUCCUGGAAAGGAUACUUGAGUUUCGCCGUGCUAA